AUGGAAGUUCACGGGUCGUUGCUCCAGCGUGUGUUGGUGUUCAGCUUCUGCGUCGUCGGAAUUUGGACUGCUUAUAUUUAUCAAGGCGUUCUUCAGGAAACUCUGUCCACGAAGCGGUUCGGGCCAGAUGGGAAUAGGUUCGAGCACCUUGCGUUCCUGAACUUGGCCCAAAAUGUGGUCUGCCUAAUCUGGUCCUAUAUAAUGAUAAAGCUUUGGAAUAGUCGGAAUGCUGGAGGUGCGCCUUUGUGGGCAUACUGGAGUGCAGGGAUUACUAAUACGAUUGGACCCGCUAUGGGGAUUGAAGCUUUGAAGUAUAUCAGUUACCCGGCACAGGUCUUGGCAAAGUCCUCAAAAAUGAUUCCAGUGAUGCUAAUGGGUACUCUGGUCUACAAGCAAAGAUACAGCUUUCCCGAAUAUGUUUGCACUCUCCUUGUUGCUGGAGGGGUAUCCAUAUUUGCACUCUUGAAGACUAGCUCAAAGACUAUCAGCAAGUUGGCUCACCCAAAUGCACCCCUUGGGUAUGGACUGUGUUUCCUAAACCUUGCUUUUGAUGGAUUCACAAAUGCCACCCAGGAUUCCAUAAAAGCAAGGUAUCCAAAGACAAGCGCCUGGGAAAUAAUGUUAGGCAUGAAUUUAUGGGGUACCAUAUACAACAUGGUCUACAUGUUUGGUUGGCCAUGGGGCAGCGGAUUUGAGGCAGUCCAGUUCUGCAAGAGGCAUCCAGAAGCAGCUUGGGACAUUCUUCUCUUUUGUCUCUGUGGUGCUGUUGGCCAGAACUUCAUUUUCCUAACCAUAAGCCGAUUUGGCUCCUUAGCUAACACCACCAUUACCACUACCCGCAAGUUUGUAAGCAUUGUGGUGUCUUCCUUGCUGAGUGGCAAUCCUCUGUCAACAAGGCAAUGGGGGUCUGUUGUAAUGGUCUUUUCUGGGCUGUCGUAUAACACCUACCUCAAGUGGAGGAAGUUGCAGAGAGUGCCGAAGAAGAGAAAGUCAAUGUAA